AUGACAGCAGGAGCUCUGCGCCUAUGGCUCGUCCUCGCCCUCCAGCUGAGAUGCGUCAUCCUACUCGCCAUCCCGCAGGCCAGGGGGACAGCAGGGCGGCAGGACGGCUUGGAUGCGACAAAGACGGCGAGCAAGAAGCUGGACGCGUUGGUCCAUCUGAAGGAAUUACCUCGUGGUCCGGGGGUGCCUCCUCACAAGAAGGCGCCUCAGUUUAUGUUGGAUCUUUUUAACGCGGUGUCAGUCUCCGACGGGACUCCGAAAAGCCAGAAGGAUAUUUUGGAAGGAAAUAUUGUGAGGAGUUUCGAGGAUAAAGGUCAUGCUGGAGAGAGGUUUCACUUCUUCAACCUAUCGUCUUUCAGCAGAGAUGAGAAGAUGAUUAAAGCGGAGCUCCGUUGGUUCAGAAAGAAACAGAAGUUUUACCUCGGAAAGUCAUAUGGGCCCCAUUUCUGUAAGGUGGAUCUAUAUGAGGUGCUGGACAGCAGAGUGAAGCCCUGGAGAGGGAACCUCAUCACCUCCAGACUGGUGCCCCUUUACACACAGGGAUGGGAAAUCUUCAAUGUGACUCAAAUGGUGUCAAAGUGGAUCCGCAACAGCCAAGAGAAUAACGGCAUCCUCGUAGUGACCACACUUCCUUCUGGUAACUGGAUGGAGUCAGUGGUGUCCUCAUCUAAGCAGAGUGGAGAGCUGACCAACACCAAUGCCUACCUGGUCAUAUUCUCAGAUGACGGGAGGACAGGAGCAUCGAACCAGUCAUUCCUGGGACAAGCCCAACCUGCAGCAGCAGCACCUGAACUCCACGGCCACCCCAGCAGGAGACGACGUGCAUCUCCAGAUCUCUCAUCCCACGGCCGCUCCCAGUCCUGCCAGCGGGUUCCCCUCUUCGUUGACUUUGAGGAGAUCGGCUGGUCUGGCUGGAUUAUCUCACCCCGGGGAUACAAUGCCUACCACUGCAAAGGCUCCUGUCCGUUCCCCCUGGGGGGAAACCUGAGAGCGACCAACCACGCCACGGUGCGCUCCAUCAUGCAUGCACUCAAGCUCUCUAGUGAUGAAGUGGGAGCGCCCUGCUGUGUCCCCGACCGACUCCAGUCCAUUAGUUUAUUAUAUUUUGAUGAUGAGGAGAACGUGGUUUUGAAGCAGUAUGACGACAUGGUGGCAUUAAGCUGUGGUUGUCACUGACUGGCUGCGCAUCUCCUUCACUCACUGGGACAAUAAUGGAUGGGGAGAUGAUGGUUAGCUUGAGUUCAUUAA